AUGCGCAUUUUGAGUCUCACAGGUGUCGUGGUCUCACAGGUGUCGUGGUCUCGCAGGUGUCGUGGUCUCGCAGGUGUCGUGGUCUCGCAGGUGUCGUGGUCUCACAGGUGUCGUGGUCUCGCAGGUGUCGUGGUCUCCCAGGUGUCGUGGUCUCGCAGGUGUCGUGGUCUCGCAGGUGUCGUGGUCUCGCAGGUGUCGUGGUCUCCCAGGUGUCGUGGUCUCGCAGGUGUCGUGGUCUCGCAGGUGUCGUGGUCUCGCAGGUGUCGUGGUCUCACAGGUGUCGUGGUCUCGCAGGUGUCGUGGUCUCACAGGUGUCGUGGUCUCACAGGUGUCGUGGUCUCACAGGUGUCGUGGUCUCGCAGGUGUCGUGGUCUCGCAGGUGUCGUGGUCUCCCAGGUGUCGUGGUCUCGCAGGUGUCGUGGUCUCACAGGUGUCGUGGUCUCGCAGGUGUCGUGGUCUCACAGGUGUCGUGGUCUCGCAGGUGUCGUGGUCUCGCAGGUGUCGUGGUCUCCCAGGUGUCGUGGUCUCGCAGGUGUCGUGGUCUCGCAGGUGUCGUGGUCUCGCAGGUGUCGUGGUCUCGCAGGUGUCGUGGUCUCGCAGGUGUCGUGGUCUCGCAGGUGUCGUGGUCUCACAGGUGUCGUGGUCUCGCAGGUGUCGUGGUCUCCCAGGUGUCGUGGUCUCGCAGGUGUCGUGGUCUCGCAGGUGUCGUGGUCUCCCAGGUGUCGUGGUCUCGCAGGUGUCGUGGUCUCGCAGGUGUCGUGGUCUCGCAGGUGUCGUGGUCUCGCAGGUGUCGUGGUCUCGCAGGUGUCGUGGUCUCACAGGUGUCGUGGUCUCGCAGGUGUCGUGGUCUCACAGGUGUCGUGGUCUCGCAGGUGUCGUGGUCUCGCAGGUGUCGUGGUCUCGCAGGUGUCGUGGUCUCACAGGUGUCGUGGUCUCGCAGGUGUCGUGGUCUCACAGGUGUCGUGGUCUCACAGGUGUCGUGGUCUCACAGGUGUCGUGGUCUCGCAGGUGUCGUGGUCUCGCAGGUGUCGUGGUCUCACAGGUGUCGUGGUCUCACAGGUGUCGUGGUCUCACAGAUCGCUGGAGAAGGAAGGGGGAGAGGAGCGCGGGAGAGGAAAGGAUGAGACAGUGGGAGAAAGAGGGCGCAGAAAGAGUGGGGGGUAUGGUGUGAGAGGCGGAUGGAGGGAGAUGGAGUGUAUGGGGUACGGAGAGCAGGAGGAGAGCGCAGGAGGGAAGGCUGGGAGGGAGGAAGACGGGUAG